GAGCGACAACCCACCCAACGCACUUCUACCGACAAAAUGGGCGACGUCAGUAUCGAGGCACCACACUGGAGACAGGUCGAGGUUGGCCGUGUCAUUCACUUCGGCAGCGGCCCAUACACUGGCAGAAUCGCCGCCAUUGUCCAGAUCAUCGACCACAAGCGCGUUCUCGUCGAGGGCCCAUCCAAGAAGACUGAGCUCCAGGUCCCACGCCAUGCCGCACAAUUGAGCUCUCUCUCUCUUACCGGUCUCGUCAUCCCAAAGAUCACAUUCGGUGCUGGUACCGGCGCUCUCUCGAAGCAGUGGGAGGAGUAUGAGGUUGACAAGAAGUGGUUGGAGAGCUCAUAUGCCAAGAAGAUUGAGAAGCAGACCCGGAGAAAGGCGCUCAGUGACUUUGAGCGUUUCAAGGUCAUGCGUUUGAGGAAGCAGGCUCGCUUCGAGACUCGCAAGGCUCUUGCUCAGGCCAAGGCCAGCGCAUAGGCUAUGGGGGCAUCGCAGCAUACUCUUUGGGCAUCAUGAAAAUCGACCGAUCUCCAAUGUAUUCAGCAUUGUACUGGGCGCCGGUGGUUCAGAAACCAUCAGGCACGGCUGGCGAAAUGGGGAUGUGAGGGCUUGCUUGAGACUUUGAUAGCGAAUUGCGCAUAGUCUGCAAAGCGCAAGAAAUGUGGUUACGUGAACUGAAUACCGUG